UUGGGCUUUAUUAUUGAGGCUCGAAUUGGGCUUUCUUCUCUGUUUUGCAUUUGUUGCGUUCGACCUCUGCUUGAAAUGCUGGUUUGGCAACAUUCCGGUUAGAUCUCUUCGGCCGCCGGAGAUGAUGGCCGCCAUAAGAGCAGCGAUUCUGAAGCCGCAAGACUAUUAUUCUCACCUCAAAACAGCUCUUUUCCAUUCGACUCCUAUCUUACAACGCAAACAUCAAUCUAAUUCAAAAGCUCGAAGCAAAAGGUUUGGAAGAAAGAAGGCAAAGCAAGAUUUGCGUCGUAAUGUGAAUGCUUUUGCACAACACUUAUUUGGGAUAUGGAGUGAUGGGUUUGAUUACUCUGGUAAGCACACCUCAUGGUUUGAGAAACAGUACUCUAGGGUUUCCAAAAGGAAUCGGAAUGGUAAAACACACAUCCCUCAACAUUUGGAUAAAAGAUGUUUUGAUUUUAGCGAAGUUGAUGAGGGAUACCAAAUUGAGUACUUUUUAAAGACUGCGUUGGGUGGAUCCCGAGGUUUCUCUUGGUCAAACACUCGUGAGGGGGGAACUCGCUCAGGGAGGUACUCUAACAACUUUAGAAAAUCUUGGGGUUCAAGAUAUCGCUUAGAUGAAGAAGAAGAAGAAGAAGAAGAAGAAUACGAGUAUUCUUCAACAGGAGUGAGCGACACAGAACCAAAUCAGGAGUCUCAUAGACAGACACUUGGUUUAAGUUCAUCAGGUCCCUUAAACCUUGAAGAUGUCAAAAUUGCAUACCGAGCUUGUGCAUUAAAAUGGCAUCCAGAUCGUCACCACACCUCUACCAAGAAUGAAGCUGAGGAAAAAUUCAAGCUCUGCACUGUGGCAUAUCAAUCUUUAUGCGAAAAGCUAGCCAUGAACUAAUAGGAUAGCUCAGAGAGAUUGCAAGAUCUUUUCUCUGACCACAGCGAUGCACAUUGUUUAUUGACUCUGUGUUUGGUACCGACUGCUAUUAGUGUUAGACUCGGAAUGAAUCACAUUUAAACCUGGCUUUUCUCCAGUUUUCUUGUGUUGACAAAUGUAGAAACUUCCUUUUAUGUAAAGUUGUAAACAAAUGGAUAGAGAGGGAAAAAAAUGGAGAGAAAGAGAAAGGAAAAAAUAAAUCCAUUUAUAUACAUUCAUUUCUUGUAUAAAUGUUCAUUUGAUUUUAUUUGCUUUUUUUUAGCUUGUGCAGUCUAAUAUGUCAAAUGUCAAACUCUGCAUAUAUCUUUUUUUAAUUCCAUUAAAUCAUU